AUGCGGCGCUACCUGCGCCUCGCGGGGCUGUGCCUGGCCUGCGGCUUCUGCUCGCUGCUCUACGCCUUCAGCCAGCUCGCCCUGGCCCCGGAGGACGGCGCGGGCGGCGGCGGCGGGAAGCCGCAGGCCCGGGCGGCUUCCUGGCUCGCGGCCGCAGGACCGGGCGCCGCGAGAGGGGCGGGCAGCGCGGCCCCGGCGGCGCCCCCCGGCGGGCCGCACAGGUAUGAUCUGAAAGUACAGCCCGUCGAGAGGAUGCACCUGGCUGUAGUUGCCUGUGGUGAACGACUGGAAGAAACCAUAACCAUGUUGAAGUCAGCGAUCAUUUUCAGCAUCAAACCUCUUCAGUUCCAUAUUUUUGCUGAAGAUCAACUACAUGAUAGUUUCAAAGGCAUACUCGACCGCUGGUCAUUUUUACAAACAUUUAAUUAUUCAUUAUACCCAAUAAGUUUUCCGAGUGAGAAUGCAAUGGAGUGGAAAAAGCUGUUUAAACCAUGUGCUUCCCAGAGAUUGUUCUUGCCAUUAAUCCUGAAAGAAGUUGACUCACUAUUGUAUGUCGACACUGAUAUCCUUUUUUUACGGCCCGUUGAUGACAUUUGGUCUUUACUCGAGAAAUUUAAUUCCACACAAAUUGCUGCAAUGGCACCAGAACAUGAAGAGCCUCGAAUAGGAUGGUAUAAUCGCUUUGCCAGACAUCCAUACUAUGGAAAAACUGGAGUGAACUCUGGAGUUAUGUUGAUGAACAUGACUAGAAUAAGAAGGAAGUAUUUCAAGAAUGACAUGACAACUGUGCGGAUGCGAUGGGGAGAUAUACUGAUGCCAUUGCUCAAGAAAUACAAACUGAAUAUCACGUGGGGUGAUCAAGAUCUGUUGAAUAUCAUAUUUUUUCAUAACCCAGAAAGUCUUUUUGUUUUUCCGUGUCAAUGGAAUUAUCGACCAGAUCAUUGUAUAUAUGGAAGCAAUUGCCAAGAAGCAGAGGAAGAAGGAAUCUUUAUUCUUCAUGGAAACCGAGGUGUUUACCAUGAUGAUAAGCAGCCAGCAUUUAGAGCUAUUUAUGAAGCACUGAGAAACUGUUCUUUUGAAGAUGACUACAUCCAUUCCUUAUUAAAACCUUUAGAACUGGAAUUGCAAAAGACAGUGCAUACAUACUGCGGGAAAAUUUACAAAAUAUUUAUCAAACGGCUAACCAAAAGCAUCCAAGACCGCUAUGAUAGACCACCCAAGGAAAGGUGA